UCUUCUUUCUCCAGCAGAUCUUCAAAUACCUAUGCCUUCUUCUACUAAACCAAAUCGCGAUCUACGGAGUAUCCUCCAAGCAGUAAGUAACUAUGAAAACUGCAGCAAAAGAUUUAUUAAGAUCGUUGAAUGUUCGAGAUCGAACUGUCGCACCGUCAGCGUACCCCGCUUUCUCUGACGAAAACGAGCGUCUGUUCACGAGGCUUGCACUCUCGUUUUCACAGCAGUCGCGCUCAUUCCCUUUCGCUUAUUUGCAGUGUACACCUGAAGAUUCUCGUGCCAGAUCUGAUCAACCACCACACGCACACGAGGACCGUUCUCUUCCAUGUUCACGUGCCAACGCCGAAGAAGCCGAAAACUCACAAGAAUCACAGGACUCACCACGCGAGUUGGAGUUCGUGGAAGUACGGGCGUCAUCACGAUUUGAAGGACGAGCACGAGGAGGAACUUGACCACGAGAACCAUCACGAGGAUCACGAAGAGAAAUUGAACGAGAAAUGGCCGAAGAAUCACAAACGAGACAGACAAAAGUAUUUUCCUGUGUACGACCAUCACAAAGACUCUUAUCAUCCGCCGUCUUACGUGGAAGAUAACGACUUGAAGGAUCAUGGCGAAGAUACUUACGCGGUUCACGAGGACGUGAAUGAUACACCCCCAAAUACCGAGUCUCUUAGUUAUAAUUACGAAGAGGGGUACAAAAAGGGUUUAGAAACGGUAACUGGACACGUUCGAUCUGGUCAGAUGCACAAGUUUCACGACGAUCAACACGAAGAACAGGGUGAUAUCGAGAACGAUGGGUUUAAAGAGGAGUUCGAAACCAAAACGGACGCUGGGAGAUAUUUGGUGGAUGAUGUAGAAUACGAGAAUACUAGGGAUAAACGCGAUCAUCGUCGAAGAUCUAGGAAAAGGAUCCAUAAAACACCGACGAAUUCCAGUCAAGGAACGAAAAACGAUAGUAAAACGUAGAACGUUGGAACGGUAUUAAAUGUGCAGACGCAUGUAUGUGUAAUGUGAUUUUGUAGAUACGUGGUUUCUGGAUGUUUGUUCUAAUUUCUGUUUGUAAGUUUUGCUCGUUGUAUAGUUGUAAUAAAUAAUAAGUAAGACAGGAAAUAAAAAGGUGGCGAUGUUUCAGGUA